AUGGCAAAUAGUUUGCUGGAGGCGGAGACGUGUCAGGCCGAAACGAAAAUGUAUCCAUUUUAUUCAUGCUUGCCUGUUAUCGGUACCACUUGCGGCUUUUCCUCCACUCUUCACAUCCUCGGCCAACUGGAUUGUCCGCCAUUUCCGGUCGUCUGUUCUGCCCUAUCUGGCAGAGUAUUACUUGAUCUAACAAUUAGUCUCCUGACUGUCUUGCCUCGGUAUUGCUGUAUGUGUGUCUGCUAUGCUGCAGUUACUCGAUCAUUCGGCUGCAUUCGGGUGGAACUCGAUGCGAACGAUCACUCUUCUUUUCAGCCUUCCUGGAGUCACUGA